GUGUUUCUCGCCCUGUGAUUCCCUCAACCAACUGGCGCGUCACAGCUGCGCAUGGGCCAUGAUAAUCUUCUCUGUAUCGUUCCAAUGCGGGAUUGACGUACUAGGGAGAGGAGGAGGUGGAAGAGGAGGAGGAGGAGGAGGAGGAGGAGGAGGAGGAGGAGGAGCAGGAGAGGUGGAAGUUUUUGUUUUCUUUUUCAGGAGGGCGGGCUUGACGGCGUGUCAUCCUUGCGCAUGGGCCAUGAUAAUCUUCUCUGUAUCGUUCCAACGCGGGAUUGAGGUACGAGGGAGAGGAGGAGGUGGAGGAGGAGGAGGAGGAGGAGGAGGAAGAGGAGAAGGGAUGCCUAAAGCAGGUGCAGAUGCGAUGAAGCGGCACUUCGAGAAUGUUGGAUUGCAUGGGGAGCCGGGGAAAGGAAACUACAUAUGGAAAUGCCUGGAUUGCGAACUGCAGUUCCCUGGGAGCGCAAAGCACUGUGCAAAGCACUUCACGUCCAUGACAAAAGGGCCUAGGUGCAACAUCAACAUGCUAGGCAGUAGGCUGUCGGCAGAGGAAAAGGAGAGGAGGGACUUGGGCCGGCUGGAGGCAAUUGCGCUGGUGUUGGGAAAGGCUGUGCCUCGGGCACCGUCACAUGAUUGCCUUUCAGACCUCGAAGGCAUGGAAGACGUGGACGGCGAGGACGAGUGCAACAGCCCCCAACGGUCCAACCAACGGAAAACAGAGCCAAGACUAACCUUUUGACGACAGCCAAGCCUGCCAAGGUGCGACAGAGCACGCUGGAAGAGGGCGGGGCAAUCAUCUCGAAGAAUGAAGAAGCACAACGCUC